AGCCAUCUCAUCCAUUGAGGGGGCGCCGGGCCAGUGGCUGCGGCCGAUGGAGAGUCUCACCAAUGCCACGGUUGCCGCGUACAGGGCCGCAGAGGCCUCUGCGGGCCAGGUCGGCGAUGGCGUCUCCCCCUUCGCCGACCGGGCCUGGAUCCUCUGGGCCGCUGUGCAGCACGUCGCGACGGCGCUCCUGCUGCUGGUGCUGGAGGCGUCCAGCCAGAUGUACAGCUGGGCCGAGCCGCGCGGUGUGGUCAGCGCCAUCGUCGCGGGCCCCACGGCCUACGUCGUGUACUUGGCCCUCAGGGGAGGCAUCAACGCCAGCUGGGAGAAGGGCCUGCGCGACGCGCGGGUUCCGAGCAACGACAAGGCGAAGCACUUGUGGGGCCUUGAGGCAGCGGAGGAACCCGAGUCCGAGGACGAGGGCGGCCUGGGCGACCCCAAGCGGGACAGGCCCGCUCCGCCGCGCCUGAGCCAGGGGCGAUCGAUGCCUUCCGUGGCGGAGGCGACGUUCGGCGUCAGGCGACAAGAGUGUUCCGUGACGCCCGCGCCGGGCAGCCCCUGCAUACGCGCUGGGGGCGUGGAGGUGCCCUUGCUGGGCCAGACCCGCAUGCUCGCGGAGCUGGACGACGACGAGUGCCUGCAGUUCCUCCUCGAGGGGUUCGAGAUACGGUCCGUGGACCGCGGGGCCUCGGUCUUCGUCCAGGGCGAGCCGCGGGACGCGUUCCUCGUGGUGAAGUCCGGGCAGGUCAUUGUGGAGGCAUCGCCCCCGCCCGCCGCGGCUGGCUGGCCCAGCGGCGAGUGGAGGCGCGGCGACGAGUACACGCUCGAAGCCGGAGACACGGUCGUGGGGCUGCUCUUCGUGCUCGCAAGCCUGCAUGCCGGGAUCGGCACGAAGGAGCCGCCCUCUGUGUGCCGGCUCCACGCCAGCUCCGCCCGCGCCGGCAGGGAGGGCGCGGAGGUGCUGGCACUGCCCACCUCGAGGCUCGAGGAGGCCAUGGAUCGGUUCCCGGCCACCAUGCAGUCCAUGGCGAGGCGCCUUUGCGUUCGCCUGACGCUGGUGGUGUUCGAGACGCUCUCCACCUAUUUUGGCCUCCGGAAGGAGGUCAUGGCGCCCUCUUCGUACAACCUGCUGGACGCCAGCAUCGAGGGCUUCGCCGACCUGCCGCCCUCUGAGAUCUUCGCCCGCGUCCUGGGCUGGGACGACCCCGCGGAGGUCCCGGAGCCGGUGGCGGAGGCGCUGGCGGCCGCCGUGGUGCUCGAGAGGAAUGCCGGCGAAGUCGCGCUGCCCGAGCAACAGCGCGCGACGCACGUGCUGGUGCUGCUCGAGGGCGACCUCCGCCUGCGCGUCAGCCCGCGGGCCGGCAGCGAGGACUUGGGAGGCCCGCGGCGCGACUGCGCGGGGACG